UGAAUGCUCCUCCCAUAAUGUAAGCGUCGUUCAAUGGGUAUGAGUCAUUUCAUGGUUAUGUAGGGAACGGAACCCAAAAUAGCAAAAUAACAUUUGCUGUUCCAACCUUGUCCACCGAUUGCAUAGUUGGAAAAGUAUUCUGCAGAAACUUUCAGAUGAAAAGCUUUGAAUAACAAUCACUAAACAUGGAAGAGAACCUGCCAAUGAUGCACUGGAUUCUGUUGAUGGCCUUGACCUUGUCAGUUGUGGUAAAAGGUACACCACCUCAAGUAGACGAUUUUGUGAUUCGAAAACCAAUUCCAAGAAUUGAAAGUGAUCUCACCCCCGUAGUUAUGUACCUUGAUUGCAGUGGCUCUGGAGACCCACCUCCAACAUUUUCAUUCCAACGAAAUGGUGUUGUCAUCACCGAUGCUUACCCAGAUAAAAGAGUUACUUUCAAAGACAAUACUCUUACAAUAAAUAAUCUUAACAUAUCUGAUGGUGGCGUUUACAUUUGCUCAGCAUCAAACGCAGAUGGCACAGUCAUUAGAGAGUUGGAUGUCAAGAUACGAGUUCUUGGUCAGUUUGUGCCCGAAUCAAGAGCUGAGCGAGACUCUAGGAACCAUCCAGUAACACUGUAUUACCACACAUCAAUGAAAUGCCCAAAACACAGCUAUACAUACCCAUCUAUCAUUGAAUGGGGCAGUGUACCAGGUGCAGAUAACCCAAGGGCACGUAUCAAACGUAUUCCUAUCAGCAAUCGUGUCUUCUAUGGAAACGAUGGUAGCCUUAACUUUGCAAACGUGCUUCAAGAAGACUUGGAGUUAAUAAACGAUGAUUAUCGUGGUAUUCAAUGUCUCCUCAGUGUUGGUUUGGGAACAAGAGCUUCAAACAGAUUCAAAAUGAGAAAGGACAGAGAUUUCGGAUCCUCUUACACAAAGGAACCAAAUUUUGCCUCUCACAUGGUUGACAACACUGUCAUUUUGAAAGACCAGGAAUCAAUUUUCACUUGUGGUGGAUUUGGCACCCCCACUCCGACUGUUGAAUGGUAUAAAGAUGGUGUUAGAAUUCAGAAUUUGGACAAAACUGGCCGUACAAAUUUUAUCGGGUACACUCUUAGCCACAAUGACGUAGAACUUAGAAUUGUGCGGCCUCGCAAGGAGGACGAGGGUGUUUACAGAUGCUGGAUAAGAAAUUCUAUGGGUGCUAAAUAUGUGGAUUCAAAUUUGCUAGUUCACUUCCUGCCAUAUUGGGAUAAAGAGAUUAAAGACAUCACGCUCCCUGUACAGUCAUCGACGAUGUUCAACUGCUCGGCAACAGGCAAACCUGUUCCAACAUAUGAGUGGUACAAGAAUGGAACACGCUUGGUUGAGUCUGAUCACAUCAAAAUCGACCGUAGUGUUCUAAGGAUUAUAAAUGCGAGGCUGAUCGACAAAGGCAUGUACAUCUGCAUGGCCAGGAACAAACAUGGCACAAUCACUACCCAAUCUUUCAUUGAUGUUCAAGCCGUAAAGCCUGAAUUCUUGAAGCCACUGCCGGAUCCUAUGUUUAUCUUCCGCGGCAGGGUUGGCCGCAUACCGUGCAAUCCGCGCGGCGGACCUAUUCCAAAAAAGACUUGGUACAAGAACAAUCAGAUUGUCAACCUCAACACGGGGCGGAUCUCUCAAGAUGUGAACGGCACGCUCGUGAUUAAUAACGUGGAAGAUAGCGAUAAAGGCCGUUACAAAUGUGUUGCUCAAAACAUUAAAGGCAGUGCUGAAACUUCGGCAGAUGUUCAAGUUGUCGUUCCCACGACAAUUGUUGUUCCCCCGGAAGCCCCAAAUGGAGGUAGCACAAUCAAAGAAGGUAGAGAUUUAGUUCUUGUCUGUAACGCCACGUAUGAUCAGAGACUGCAAUUGCGUAUACAUUGGGAGAAAGAUGGGGAGCGUAUAAAAGCAUUUGAUGGCCGUUUCAUGCUAGAGCAGCGUGUUAGUGAUGCCGCUCCAAGACUUCUUAUAAUCAAGAAAUUGAAGUUCGAGGAUAGAGGAAAUUACACCUGCAAAGCAUAUACAAUCCUAAGCACGACAGCCAACGUGAGGUCUGAAGAUGUUGCAACCAGAUAUCUUUCUGUCUCAGCGGCACCAGAUUCACCAACAAGUUUGACACUUCCUGUUAGCUGCGCAAAUUACCGACCAACUGUAGAGUGGAGAGUUGGCGAGGCAAACAACGAUCCAAUGAAGUUUGUGAAAGUAGAGUAUUCGUCUGAUUAUCCGGACGAUACCAAUAUAUGGUAUGAAGCUGGUAUUGUCAAGGGAGAGAGUGCUAAUCAGUUUCAAUUUGGUUCAAGUCUCAAUCCAGUUGUGCUGCCCGGGAAUGCAGCUAUCAAAUUCAGGGCGACAGCUGUCAAUCAAGUGGGUGCAAGCCAACCCAGCAAGCCAUCUCUCUCCUCAUUGUGUGUAACUGCUUCAAAGCAACCGUCUACAAAUCCUGAAAACUUAACAUUGGUUGUGAAAAAUAGACAGGACUCUGAUAUUGUCUGGAGUAGAAUGAAGAUUAUUUUCCAAGAAGGCAAACAAUUUCGGUAUGAAGUCAGUUACAGAAUUGUUGGUACGGCGAAGUGGACUUCAAGAAACUUCACAAAUUCUACCCACAAAUGGCCAAUUAAACCUUCAGAAUUUACGAAUUACGAGAUAUGUGUACUUGCCUACAACGAAAGAGGACCCUCAACCGCCCCCAAAAAGUGCAUCACAGCCUAUUCCUAUCAACAAAAACUCACCAUUGCACCAACGGGCCUUAGGCCAACAAAGAUUGGAUACACAGAUGUUGAUAUUACUUGGAAUCAAAUCACCGCUCCUUCCCCUGGCAAUAUUGACGGUUAUAGGAUAUACUACUGGAAUAUCACCAAGCCGUAUCGUCCAGAAAUCAAGAGAGGCGUGGACCGCAGGCGGAAACGAAGAUCUGUGGUGUUUGGACAAUACCCUACUGAGCAAAAGCCGUAUGUUGUAGAGUACCUUGUUGGUUCGGAUACGAAGUUGUUGAGGAAUGUGUCCGAACUGAUACCGGCUUUAAGGUACCGGGCAUAUAUAACUGCCUUCAAUAGUGGCGGAGAGGGGCCAAAAAGUGAUGCUAUUGUGUUUGAAACCCGAGCUACAAAAUCUGGCAUCCCUGAUAACAUCAAGAUGACGAUAUACGGUGAUGUUCUACACGUGCAAUGGGAGCCGCCACUAGAGCCGAACGGUGUCACGACAGGCUACAUAAUGCAGCUGAGACCAAAGAGAGACUUCCAGAAGAAGAAGAAACUCGAUCAUAUUGUUGUCGACAAAAUUGAGCGCGAAUACUACAUCAGGGGAAUGACACCAUGUGUGUUCUAUGAGGUGUGGAUCGCAGCGAUGAAUCAAGCAGGAGAAGGGCAAUAUUUUAGACGGCGAAUGACCGUCAGUAUUCCUGACAAACCUGGAAGGCCGAGUUUGCCAAGGGUUGUUCCUUACGAUGCAAAUGCUGUUAACAUCACAUACAAGCUGCCUGGCUAUGGUGGCCUUCCAACGAGUUUUACAGUAUACUACAAACACAAAGAUGGUUCCUAUUAUGACGCCGAUCCCUACUUCAACUCGUUGACUGUAAAAGGCGACAACUUCAGGAAAAGGCCUUGGCAAACAGUUAAGGGAUUGCCAGAAUUGGAAUAUUACUUUUGGACAGUUGGUCAUAACAGCAUGGGCGACAGCAUCAAUAGUGACAGGGCUAUUUCUCAGGUCAUGCCAUACACAACGCCAUUAACAACAACUGGCAGUACCACGCUCCCUCGCAACAUUACCAGCGUUGUGAACGUAACUACAGCUGCAAUCUUGCCCAAAGGACCUGGUGCAAGAACAAACGAAGGGCCAUGGUACUCUAGCAGAUGGUUCGUCGGCGCCCUUGCUUGUACCAUCUUCGUUUUGAUACUCUUGCUUGUCAUUCUUCUUCUGGUAAACAAGAAGGGCAGCAAAUACAGUGUUUCGGCGAGAGAAAAAGAUCUUGCGGGUUGGAAUGGCCAGGCCUCUUCUGAAUUCCAUCGUAUCGAGAAAGAGCCAUACCACGAACCCCAGGCGACUCCAAUGGCUAUGAACGACCUUGAGGAUGCUCCUCUGCCGCCGCAGUAUCAGAGCCAAGGGUCAAUAGAAAAGAAACCACCCAGCGAUGAGCCGGACCAGGAUAGUUUUGAUGAGUAUGGAGAAGACAGCAGGUUCCAAGAAGACAGUUCGUUUAUUGGUCAAUAUGGGGAAGAGAAGCGCCGCGAAGCAGAAGAAGAAGAGAGUGAUGAGGACCCUAACAUGUCAAUGUUUGUAUGAUCAUGUGAUCAAGUUUCAUUUCAUACACACUCUUCAAGAGACUGCUAAAGAAUGCCAUUUGAUCACAUUCAAGCUACUGAUUUAACUUGGAACACAAGUUCUUGUUGCGAUAUAUUCACCGUGAUUUUGACCACGGGACUUCAUUUUGUGACUUACAGUCGCCCAGUUAUUUAAUCGACGAUCUAUUGUAAUAUUUUGAUCAGACAUGUAGAUUUUAGCACAGCAGGUAACAUGGUUUCGUUUAGCUUCCCAUUUCGGUUUGUAUUCAAUAGCUGACUAUGACUAUAGAACCAUCUGCCUUUGCGCAAUUUGUAUCUCUUUUUAGUCAAUGGUAGUCAGGAAUAUAUUAUUUUGUCUGAUAUAAAAAUGCUUGCUUGGUAAAGUUUACUUUGGUUCCUUGCUAGGCCUAAUCGAUUUUAAGUUUUAGAAUAUGGUCGUUUUGUCAGAUUUUUCCCAAUUAUACAUCCACUAUUUCACCUAUAAUGACACUUUUUUACAACGAAGCAACCUUUCUUUACGCUUCUGAAUUUGAUUGUAAACCGCCCAAAGCGUACCAUUUUAUUACCUUUAUUAAUUUUGUCAAGCCACUUUUAUAGCGAGACAUUUUAUACUCAAUUUGAUUUUGCCUUACAAGCAAGCACUCCAGGCUUUUUCAUACAUCUUAUCAUUUUGCACUCAUUACUUUUUGCUUUAAAGGUGUUGCGUAUAAGUGUAACCUCGUUGGGCGCCAAUUGAGUUGUUAGAAGUUAUAGAGUAUAUUUUAUCACAGUUUGUAGGGGCAGUCGUUUUUCGGUAGGGUAGAAGAACUAUCAUGAAGGGUAUGUUAGGGUAAAUAUUUGCACACUUUGUUUCGUUAUUACGAUUAUUUAUGUAGCGGAUCAUGGACUCGUUUACAGUGCUACAUAGAAAUUGAAUCACGUUCCUUUCAGGUGAUUCUCUGUAGCUGGAUUUCAGACCUUGUGUUUAUUUUGAAUUUGCUAUUGGUUCUCCUCAACUACCAUGACAAUUUUUGCUAUAUAGGGAACUAUUACUGUCUUAUUCACAGAGAUUGUCCCUGCACUCCAAAAUCUCCGACUUAUUGUAGCUGAAAGCUAAAGCUAAAGAGCCGAGAAUUGCUGAAAAUGAGAGUUUCCACGCGAAGUCCUGAAAAAGUUGGACAAAACAUCGCGAUAUGUUGGGAAAGGAUUUUUUUAUAUAUCGAUUUUCAUACGUCUUUGUAAUUAUUUAUCAUGGUGUGGUCUUCACUUUCACUUUUAUUGCAUAUCUCUAACACAGAAUGUGAAUGUAAAUCCGGGGAAGGAAAAUUGGUUUACUAUUUCUUUUCCUCCAGCGUCCCUGGAUUGAUUGCCCAGCAUAGAUGUAAACAAUGUCGCCACAUUAUGAUCUAUGAAACAAAUCUAUGAAUCUAAAACUCCCAUUGAAAGCCGGUUUUAAGCACAUGGUACUAUCCAUACAUGGGAAAUAGAUUGUCUUGAAAGUUCACAUUCGGCUUUGGGUUUACUCGGAGCAGCGUAAGCUUGUCUUUGUGUCUCAUCUGUAGAUCUUUGUUCAUGCUUAUAUCGGUUUGAGAGUCUAGGCUGAGGAAGAUAAACCUGCAAAAGAUUUGUUUUCCUGAAUUUUAGUAUGUAUCUAUCGAUUACAUGUCAUUUAAACAUUACUUUUUUUCUAAAAGAUUUCCAUUGUUGCUCUUAUAGUAAUGUGUAAAUUUAGCUUCAUGAUUAACUAGGUGUAUUUUGAUACUAGCCCUGUA